AUGUGGAAGCCGUCGGAGCGCCUGAUGGACACCAUCAGGCAUUACGCCAGCUUUCCAGCAACUGGUGUUUCGCUCCGACAGAUGGUUCAGUUUGGAGACAGACCUUCAACUGGAACUCUGUUUCGCGCCUCCCAAUUUCUGUCAGAAGAACUCCCAAUCCGCCUAGCGCACCGUGUCCAGGAUCUUGGAGAGCUUCCCGAUGGACUCAGUGAAAUGCCCUCCAUCAAGAAGGUCCAGGAUUGGUAUGCACAGUCGUUCGAGAUUCUCGCCGAAACAACACAAAAUCCAAGUGUCCGCGAGGGACAGUAUCGCUCCGCUAUGACAAACGGUAAUGGAAAUGGCAAGGCUGCUGCUGCUGCACGAAGAUAUUUUGUCCCUUCGGAUGACCAGGGAAACUGGCCUCCCGAGUUAAAUGAUUACAACGAACGGUUUGCAAAGACUCUACAACAAAUUAAGCGGCGACACGACAGUGUUGUGACUACAGUGGCCCAAGGUAUUCUGGAAUGGAAACGAAAGCGGCAGCGUCUGCAAAUCGACUCGACAAUCCAAUCAUUUCUCGAUCGCUUCUACAUGUCUCGCAUAGGUAUACGAAUGUUAAUUGGCCAACACAUUGCUCUCACGGAACAAACGCACGUGCGCCAUCCGAAUUAUGUCGGGAUCAUAUGUACCAAGACAAAUGUGCGCGAGGUGGCCCUCGAGGCCAUUGAGAACGCUCGGUUUGUGUGCGAGGAUUACUAUGGUCUAUUUGAAGCCCCAAAGGUCCAGCUCGUGUGCAAAGAGGAUCUGAACUUUAUGUACGUGCCGGGACAUUUGUCUCACAUGCUUUUUGAGACAUUGAAGAACUCCCUGCGCGCCGUGGUCGAGAGACACGGCGCAGAUAAGGAAGCUUUCCCCGUCACCAAGGUCAUCAUCGCCGAAGGCAAAGAGGAUAUUACUAUCAAGGUGUCCGAUGAAGGUGGUGGCAUUCCGCGGUCUGCGAUCCCUCUUGUCUGGACCUAUAUGUAUACCACAGUGGAGCAAACACCCAACCUCGACCCGGACUUUGACAAGAGCGACUUCAAAGCGCCUAUGGCAGGAUUUGGAUAUGGUUUGCCCAUUAGUCGCCUGUAUGCGCGAUACUUUGGCGGUGACUUGAAGUUAAUCAGUAUGGAAGGGUACGGGACGGACGUCUACCUUCACCUUAACCGCCUAUCAUCGAGUUCGGAACCCCUCCAAUGA